GCCGGCAACCCCUCUAUACGGUCAUACCUUUUUCCCUCUUCUUUAUGUUCGUCCCCUUUAUUUUCUUCUGACUUCCCCCCUUUGAAAAUUGAAAUUUUGCAGUAUUUAUUUAUUUCAAACCAAAAUAAAAACUGUCCAUCCUCUCCUCUAGUUUUAAAAUUAUCUCUCUUCUUCCUAAAACCUCAAUUCCCUGUCUACUUUCAAUUCCAUUCCCCUCGCACAAUCAAAUAUGGCGUCGGUAAGCACAGUAAAAGUAAGCAAUGUUUCUCUAAAGGCAUCUGAAAAAGAGCUUAAGGAGUUCUUUUCUUUUUCUGGUGAUAUUAUCUAUUUGGAGACGAAGAGAGAAAGUGAAGAAUGCCAAGCAGCAUAUGUUACCUUUACGGAUUUGCAAGGAGCCGAGACGGCUGUUUUGCUUACGGGGGCAACUAUAGUUGACAAGACCGUUACAAUUGCUUUGGAUCCGGACUAUCAGCUGUCUCCUGAAGCUUUAGCUCCUGCUGAUGCCCCCGGAGGUGCUCAAGCUGCUCUGAGAAAAGCAGAGGAUGUUGUGACCAGCAUGCUAGCAAAGGGCUUUAUCUUAGGGAAAGAUGCAAUAGGGAAGGCAAAAUCCUUUGACAAUAAGCAUCAGCUAACUUCAACAGCGUCUAAUAAAAUUGCAUCUCUGGACCAGAAGAUUGGUCUUACAGAAAAGAUUAGCAUGGGUACUUCUGCUGUCAACAACAAAGUGAAGGAUCUGGAUCAAAAAUACCAAGUUUCUGAGAAAACAAAAUCAGCACUUGCUGCUGCUGAGGAAAAGGUCAAUAGUGCAGGAUCUGCUAUUAUGAAGAACCGCUAUGUUCUUACUGGUACGACUUGGGUUACUGGGGCUUAUAACAGGGUGACGAAAGCUGCUAGUGAAGUCGGGCAGAAAACGGUAGAGAAAGUGGAAAUGGUAGAGGAUGAACAGAAAAGGAAAAUUGUGGAUGACUUUGCUCAUGUUCAUCUAUCAGAAUCUGACUCGCCUGUGGCUGAAUCAUCCCCCAAGGAUGAAUCAUCACAGAAAACUGAAUUAUCACCAAACACCGAGCCUUCACCCAAAGCCGAGUCUUCACCCAAAGCUGAAUCUGCUCCCAAGGAUUCUUCCCAAACUGAAAAGCAGUAAUCUACAAAACCUGAAACAGCAUAAGGUUUGUCCUUCAAUAUGCGCUUUCAAUGUAUAUAUUUUUUGCCCCAGAAUUAUACUAUCAUUAUUGCAUCAACUUUCAGAAGUUUCCAAUGUAACAAGGUUGGCUUUAUAAGUGGAUGUUCUGUUGUA